GGGGGCGGAGAUAGAGAUGGCGACGGUGAAGGAGAUGAGGAGCCGCGUGCAGCUGGGGGAAUUCUCAUUGCAGAAUGUGCACAGUACGGACUUCCCCGGAAACUACCCCGGAUACGAUGACACCUGGGACCUGGAGCGCUUCCAGAAGGUGGGUGUGACCACCACACAUGGCUCCGCCUCUACAGGGCGGUACCUCUGGGUGGGCGGGGCCAUUGUUUCUCUCCCUGUAGUCAGUCUGGUUCGGGUCUCCUCCCCGCAGGUCCCCACCAUGGCCAUAGAGAAGGUCUACGUCUAUAAGAACACGUCCAUCAUACAGGACGAGAUCCUUGCCCACCGCCUGGGCCUCAUCCCCAUCCGCGCUGACCCGCGACUCUUCGAGUACCAGAACUCAGAUGAAGAGGAGGGAACAGAGAUCGACACGCUGCAGUUCGAGCUGAAUGUGAAAUGUAAGCGGAACCCCCGAGCGGCUAAGGACUCCUCCGACCCCAGCGAGCUCUACCUGGACCAUAAAGUAUACACCAGUCAAAUGACGUGGCUCCCUCAGGGGAACCAAUCGGAUCUCUUCCACGACAUCGAUCCACCGCGGCCCGUGCACAGCGACAUCCUCAUCGCCCUGCUUCGGCCCGGCCAGGAGAUCCACGUCGUCGUGCACUGCGUCAAGGGAAUUGGGAAGGACCACGCCAAGUUCUCCCCAGUGGCCACGGCCAGUUACCGCUUGCUGCCGGAGAUCACGUUGCUGCACCCCAUCGAGGGCGACCUGGCGGAGAGGCUGCAGACAUGUUUCUCUCCUGGAGUGAUCGUGGUGGAUGUUGUGAACGGGAAGAAAGUUGCCCGUGUGGAGAACUCACGGAUAGACACGUGCAGCAGAGAGAUCUUCCGCCACGAGGACCUGAAGAACGUGGUGCGCAUGGAGCGGGUGCGGGACCACUUCAUCUUUUCCAUAGAGUCCACCGGCAUCCUGGCCCCCAACGUCCUGAUGAAAGAAGCCAUCGCGGUGCUGAUGGGGAAAUGUCGCCGCUUCCUGGAUGAGCUGGAUGCAGCUCAGAUGGACUGAAGCUGAGGACGUGUCAUCUGAGGGGCCCGGAACACUG